UUCAAUUCAGUCCGCAGUCCUCCCCUUCCCUCUUAUCCACUCUGCGUCGGCGGCUACGCCCAUUCCGUCGUGCGCCGGCGGCCGCCGUGCCUCGCGCGGGAGGAUGGAGGGCGCUCGCCGGGAGGAUGAAGGACGUUAUACGGGGCUUGUGCGGCGAAGACAGCGCGGCGAGGCGAGGCAGUGGCGGUGGUUGUCCGGCCGUCGUGCCUCGCGCGGGGAGGAUGGACGACGCUCGCCGGGGCGUGUACGGCGGAGACGGCUUCUGCCGAAGUGGAGCAGGAGAGGACCGGAAGGCAAGGAGGCAGGGUGAGUAUGCUAUGCACAGCGCCGCCUUCAUCCUCCACCUCCUCCUAAAGCGUGCGCUCGCCUCGGGCGCUGGCGGUGGCGCGGCGGUGCUCGCCCUCGCGCACCCGUACUCGCACGACGACCGCGUCCUCCGCAAGAUGGUAAGCGCCCCGGCCGCUCACCCGCAUUUCCUCGGCAGCAGGGCCAUCCUUGCGGACCACGCGGCGGCGGUGACGCUCUUCGGGCACCCCCGCGGCCGGCUGAGCCUGGCCAUCUAUGAGGACAUGCGGGCGCCACCGGCGUUCCUGAUCGAGCUGCCCAUGCUCGCGGCCGGGCUGCAUAGGGGGGAUGGCCACGGGACCUUGAAGCUGGUGCUGGGGAGCGACACCCGCAGCGCGCGGCGACCACUCCUGUCCAACGACGAGUGGCACGUGCUGCGGCUGCUGCGCGGCGUCUCCAUGAGCGCCGGGGUGCUGCCGCCGCCGCCGCCUGCUGACGGCUCCAAUUUCCCCGACGGCAUCAUACUCCCGUGUCUGAUUAGGAUUGAAGAGUGCUGAACAUGUCCUUGUCCAACACAGAUUAAUGUAAUGCCCGACCGGGAUUUGACUUGAUUGCUAUAAGAUGGAAGCGUCCUGGGCCUGAAUCUCCAUCAGGUGCGUCCUUGGACCAUAGUCUCCAUCAAAUUCUGUCGAAAAUUUCAUGAAGCGUCCAAUGUUGCCGCCGAGUUCGCCGGAGGAACAAGAACAUCCGUCAAGUGGUCCAAUGUCGUCUGCAGCGGCUAUAGGAGAGAUUUCGUGUUGAUGAGAGAGGAACAGAAUGUCGGUUGUUCAGUACUUCAUACAAAGAUACUACUACAAUCUGCAGUACUACUUGGCGCCUGCAGUCUAGAAGUGAUUCACGGCAUGUAUAUUUGCCUACGGAGGCACUGUAUCCAUGCUCGCUGUUUACUAAAAAUUAGACAUCGGAUGCUCAUAUUUUAAUUAGACAUCGGAUGUUUAGUGUAUUCUACAAACUGACUGCAGGCAUGCAACAUUGUUGAAGGGCAAAGGUACUCUAAGAAGCUGAAUGAUAAACAGGUCACCAACAUACUUAGAGCUUCCUUGGGUUUGUGGAGGACAUGUCUGGUUUCACAAAGUCAGUUUCACUUUCACGAAGACAGUGGAAAUGCAGAAAAAGGAAAGCAUGUGGAUUUAGAAAUUUCAGCAUUGUAGAGCUCAAUUGAAAUGGAAAACGAGAUUUAUAGCAUCCGGCUAGAGUGGUGAUUCGAUUUUUUAUGAUUGGUACUUUGGUUGUGAGGUCGGUGAAGACAUGAGAUGGAUUUGGGCGGGGCAGUGGGUUUGCUCGCGAGGAGGUGGGAAGGACGAAGAUAGUGGAAGAAGCUUGAGAUGAUGGUGAUAUUACUGACUCAAUCCUUUAUUAGCUCUAUUUUGUGUGGAUCUUUCAGGUGCAUGAAUGAUAACUUGUGCAAAACUACGCUUCCCUUGUCAUUUGAUAAUUUUUAUCUUUAUGGUGCUCAUAACAUAUUUUUCAUCUAUACUUAUAGGAGUUUGUUACCUUCUUUUGGUCGAAGAAUAAGAUGUAGAUGUUGUCGGUCGGGUGUCUUCUGCUACUGAAGUUUUACCACCAUCUGGUGGUGCUUGAGAGUAGAGACGGCAUACUUUCAUCAGCAGUGGCCAAACCCCCAGCACCGCUGGUGCUGUACACCCCUGUACCCCUCGACAUCCAGUGCCUCGCGUCUGCCCAACAUGAACACCUCCUCAAUAUGUACAUCUCUGAAUUUUGCCAUUACUAGAGAAAGUAGAGCAUUGUUUUACUGUAGCUAUAAUUUGAGUUUAGAAGAUAUACUCCUCUCUUUUUGACGUCAAUUUUUUCAGUUGACUUCUCCGUCCAGUCUCAUGUCUUUCUCUUUAGCAGGGAUCGGUGAGUACUAAACGAGUAAAAAUGUCCCUCUCUUUUUCAUAUUUCUUCCUUUUCCUUACUACUUUUGUGGCUCCAAAUCUCAUGAUGGCUCUAUGUCUGUUCUUUUUGUUGACAUGGAUUUUACCCUGAAAAUUUUCUUCUGAUCUACAAUGUUCUGCCAUCUAAAUUUGUCUGUAUAUUGUGAAUGAGCAGACACUGGUGUAGAAACCCAAUCGGAUGAAAUUACCGACUACAGAGAGGUGUAAUUAUUAAUUAAUUUCUUGCUUUAAAAGAUAUGCAACUAGCAGAGUUUCUUAUUUUUAUCAAUUGGAUUACGACCGAAGUGAAGAACUUAUGUGGACAAUCUGGCAGAUUUCAGUGGCAAGAUUUUUGUACAAUUACAGUAGCAGAUUUCAGAAAUUUGUAGAGCACAUGAUUUACAAGAACAAGAUAUUCUGUCAAGCCAUGGAUAUCAACAAUCAGUCAAGCAAAGAAAUAUUCAUGGGAGAUAUACAGGGAUCCACAAGAAUGUGCACCGUAUGGCACUACCCUUUUGUCAUCGAGCCACUAUCACAUUUUGGUCAGCAAUCAGUAGCAAUUCUCGGCGCCAUUAGUCAGAAGUUGGAAUUUACAUCUAAACGAACAAUACAUCAAGCAACAGAAGAAAAAGUGGUCAUCUCUUUUUCUUGGCACCAAGAUGCCAUACAAGCAUUCAGACUUCGGAAUCGCGCAAGCAGUUUGUAUAUAAAUGGUGUGCCAUAUCGUUUUAACAUGGACACUUCAAAAGAAUAUAUGCCAAGAGUGGUCGCUGAUUACUAUGAUUUUAUCUGAGUGUGUGCACGGAGCGAUGGUAGCAGCAAGAGGAUCGCCCGGCUCCCAUGUAAAAUAUGGAGUAUGGAUUUUUGACCGUGGUUGAUCACACGCCCUGUUUGCAUCUCA